UGAGUAUGUCACGAGUUUACAGCUGUGUAACGGAAGCCUCAAACACAUGAUUCAAGCUUGAGGCUGUGGCUGUUUUGUGUUUCAUUGUGUUGGAUGGCGGGCUUUAUUCUUAGUCACGGGGUUUAGGCGUCAUUUCUAACCCUGUAAGGUUGCAAUACAGUUGUUAGUUUCUAUAAGCUGUUUUAAAUUUUCUGAUUCAAAUGAAGGACCUUCCAGACUCUCCAGAAUCCUGGAUAUCUGGGGUUAAAUUAGGAAUAGUUCGUCUUGGUCGAGCAGCAGGAAAGAUGAAAUACACCUUACUAGAUGAACGAGAUAUAACUCUAGUCCAAGAAUAUGCCUUUGAGGCAAAGUUGGAAAUUGAUAAAGAUGGGAAUGGUGCUGAAGUACAUGCAUUUGCCUAUGACCUGUUAAGAGGAAAACAUUUUGGAAGAUUUGUUCAAGAUUUACUGUGGGAAAGGCAUUAUGGAGGUGUUGCUCCUGGAUUUAAGGUAGUCCAUAAAAACAGCAUAACUAUGGACAAUAGACUACAAAACUUGUGUUUAGUUCCUAAAAGUUGUCGACUUCCACUGCCACUAGAGACUCAGAGAAAACAUCGAGAACAGUCACUUUACUGGGCAGCCAUUCAACAACUUCCUCCUGAUCAUAUGGUUGAUGAACAUUUUAAUGACCAAAGCUUGAGUAGAAGAUAUUAUAACGCCAAUGGUGAACUUGUAUAUGAAGAAGAGAGCACAUGUUACUAUGAAUGUCACUACCCUCCGUGUACAAACCUUGAACGAGAACCUCGAGAAUUUAGUAUAUGCGGGCGAUGCCAGGAAGCUCGUUACUGUGGGCCAUCAUGUCAGCAAAGAGAUUGGCCAAUUCACAAGAAAUUUUGCAGGAAAAAAUAUCAUUCAGUGUUGAGAGAUCAGCUUCCAGAUCGAUGACCAUUAUCUAGUGGUAGAGAAUUGAAACAUUUUAGAAUUUGUAAUAAAAUAUCAUCUUAGAUACAUUACUGUUCCAGUCAGUGGUCAAAUGUGAUUGGUGAAAUGGUCAGUUGUGAGUUGUGAUUGGUGGAUUUAAUUUCUGUACUCAUAAUGUCGCAAUUUUUUUUUCCACACCUCGUUAAAGUUCAGUUCAAUUUUGGUGUUUUCUUUAAGUAUUUAACUUGAAAAAUUCAAAAUUGAUUGAUAGCAAAAGUGAUAUGAAAUUGUGUAUUAUCUGUAAGGUUUUUUUAGUGUUUUAUCAUUAUACAUUUCAGUGGAUGGACGUGCUUGUUUUCAUUGAAUUAUUUAAAAGAAAGAAUUGAGUUCAGUACCUUAAUCCGAGAAUUACAACUUGGACAUCUAUCGAGUUUUUAUUACUUUAUUAGUGAAUUUUACAUUGAUAUUUUUAUUACUUUCUCUUUUUGAGUGGUGUAAGAAAUAGGUUCAGAUGAAAUUUUUUUAGCAAAGGAAUAAUUGGUGUUUUGGGGAAGUGUAACUGUUUUCAGAAGCUUCCUUGCUUGCCAGAAAACCUGAAUUUAAAACAGAGAAAGUGCUGGUUCUUGUUCAUUGAAUAUUUUAUGGAAACUGUGUAAUACAUGUUAUUAUGAUGUUAUUUAAUGUAUGUGUUAUGGGGGUUUGUGCUAAAUAUAUGUACUUGCGUUCCUUUCUCAAUAUAAGUAUAAUUUGUUCUAUUAAUCAUGACCAGUUUUUUUUACUCAAGCUGUACAUCCAAGAUAAAAGUGUUCACUUAAUGGCUUGCCCCAUUUCUUGACAGUUUUAUAAAAUUGAUAGUAAUUAUACUUAUUAAGGAAUUCUUUUGAAUUUUAUGUGAGUGUUUUUUUAAGUUGUGUAAUUUUUUUCUCCUUAGUAGUUUCUUCUGAAGUACUGUCAUAUAGUAACAUUAGUAAAAUUGUUUGAAAUCAUGAAAGAAACAAAAGUUUACUUUAUACAGAUUGUUAAUCUUAAACGUCAUAAUAGUACGGAAAAACAUGAGUGAUAGUUUACAAUUAACUUUAGUUUUGUUUUUGUAAGGAAGUUUCUACUUUAAUUUUAUUUUAUUACAUUUUUAGACACCAACUCAAUAGAUGGCGCUAUUAACCACAUUAAUGUCCGAUUUUGAGGAAUAUUUUUUGUAGUUCAGAGUGAUUUAAUCUCUUUUACAUUACAAGAUUGAAUUUGUUGCCAACUUUUCUCAUCUAACUACCAUUUCGAUUAAAAGUGUAAAAAAUUGUCUUCGUAGUUUUUGAGUUCUAUAAUAGAAGUACAUGCUUGAAGAAUUAAUGUACGUCAGUCUCAUUUAUUCAGAAUUAAAACCGAGUUUUAUUUUCAUUCGCCGCUCAAGAUUCUGACAAGUUAUAUAAGUUGCAAAAGGUGUAUUAUGGGCACCUUUGCAAAAUUUUUAUUGUAAUAGAUAUCAAUUUAAGUUGUAUUUAAAAUACAAUUUGUACUAACUAUUUAGAAUUUUGGAUUACUAAAUGACGGAUUUUAAAUUUCGAAAAUGAGUACAAUUUUUAAACUUUUUUUAAAACAAAAUAUUAAAGUAUGUCUUUAUGGAGUCAUAUAUUUUUUCACUGUGCAAUGUAACUUGAAAUAUAUUCAACAUUAACAAUAGUUUAGAGAUGCCAGCCAAUGAAUUUAGAAACUAAGGUCUUAACAGAGAGUUUUACCUUGUAUACUUGUUAAAAUUGUUAUUAGAAUACAAGUUAAAUUUUAUAAGUAGAAUUCUUCUAAAUAAUAUAGGGAAAUUCAGAGUUCUUUUUUUUUUCAUGAUAUUUAUAAUUACCAACACGUUUGAAAUACAGAACACAAUUUGGAGUGAAAAUUUGAAAGCACGUGGUUUGUUUAGCUGUUUGUAAAGCGUAAGAAAAAGCCUAAUUUAUGACGGUAAGAACUGUCGGAGCAAUUUGUUUGAUGUGAGAGAAAAAAAUGUUCAAGACCUGUUACUUCACGCUUCUGGUUUCUGUAUAAUUACAUUAAAGCAGUGUAAUUAAAAAUGUUAAUUCUCUCGAAAAUAUCCUUUGGAAUUAUAAACAACUUUGUUGAGUUAUUAUAUUAAGGAUUAUCGCUUGUUUAAUUGAACAUGUGCAUUUAACGUUAUUAGGUAACUACGGAAUGCAAACUUAUAAUGUUGGGUUGUGAAAGAAUUUAAUGAUUAUUUUGUAUUUAACUCGUUCUUAUGUUUAGUUAAUAUGGUUUAGUCUUAAGCUACUUGGAGCUUUGGCAUAUUGGUAAGAAUUCUUGUUGCACUUGGAGGGAUAACAAGCUCUGUGUAUAUAUGAAAAUUGAGUAGGCCUAAUGGCGCCUUAAGAAGCAAAGCAUGGAACAUAAGGAUAAAAUUUCUAAACAGAAGGCUCAACAGACUGUAUUUAUUCAUCUAUACGAAGUAAUAACAACGCAUAAUAUUUUGUAAAUAUGGUCAUUAUGUUUUCUGUGAAAUCUUAAUUUUUGUCAUAUGCAUUCCACUGAAUAUUUAUUACCUUGGUUUUUUAGAUUUGUAAUAACAUUAGAAAAUUGUUCAAUUCAAGUAGACUUGGUUUUCCUGGUUUAUUGGACGUCAACACUAAUUUGUUAUGGCUUUGAGUUUUAGUUAAAAUAUCAACCUUUUCGUUUUGUUGCUGAGUGGUUAUUGUAGGACAAAAAUUAAAUCUACGUUGUCUUUUUAUGUUUGUGAAACAUGUUCUUCAUGUGUACUACCGUUAAUUUAGUAACACCUUUUAGCACACUGUGUGUAGCAGUAUUAUGAUAAUAGAUUAAUUCUUUUGAAUUUUUUUCUGUCCUAGCUGAUGUUUAAUUGAUUCUAAUAAAUUUUUAAGAGAAGUUUA